AGAAGCUGCAGCAGCAGGUCCAGCGACGGCGAAACAACAGAACCGAUCCAACAUGGCGUCUAACGAUUAUUCCCAAACAUCUUCUCAGGGUUAUGGCUCCUAUGGUGGAGGAGGAGGAGGAGGAGGAGGUGGAGGUGCUAACCAGGGCUACGGUCAGUCCUCUGGUCAGAGCUACAGCCAGCAGGGAUACGGAGGCUACAACCAAGGCUCUGACAGCAGCUCUGGAUCCUACAACCAGGGAGGAUACGGCAGCUAUGGUCAACCUCCGUCAGAUGGAUACGGUUCUCCCCCCUCUAACCAGGGUGGGGGUGGUGGUUAUAAUCAUUCCAGUCAGUCCUACAGCUCUGGAGGCUACAGCAGCAGCAGCAGCAGCCAGCCCUCGAACAUGAGCUACAACCAGCAGUCCUCCUUCUCUGGUUACAGCCAGCAGCAGCCACCGUCCUCCUCCUCUGCCGGCUACGAGGGGAACUCCCAGGCCCCGGCCUACAACCAGCCUCCCGGUGGUGGGCAGAGUGGGGGUGGUUACGGGAGCGGUGGAGGUCAGACCGGUGGAUAUGGUGGAAGCCAUCAACAACCACCCCAACAUGGAGGAGGUCACUACAACCAGCCUCCGAGCUACAACCCCCCCCCUCCACAGAGCUACAGUCAGCAGAGCCAGUAUGGACAAAGUGGAGGAUACGGAGGCGACAGCCCACCGAUGAGUGAAGGCGGAUACAGUGGUCCUGACGGAGGCUACGGGGGGCAGGAUGGUCGCGGCGGCAGGGGUCGCGGCGGUGGAUUUGGAGGUCGGGGUGGUGGCGGAUAUGAUCGUGGUUUUGACAGAGGUGGGCGAGGUGGACCAAGAGGAAGAGGAGGCAUGGGAAUGGGCGAUCGUGGAGGAUUCAAUAAGUUUGGUGGACCAAGAGACUCGGGACAUGGACAUGGAGGACCCGGCUUCAUGCAGGACCAGGACAACUCUGACAAUAACACCAUCUUCGUACAAGGCCUGGGCGACGACUACACCGUCGAGUCAGUGGCCGACUUUUUUAAGCAGAUUGGAAUCAUUAAGGUCAACAAGAAGACGGGUCUUCCCAUGAUCAACCUGUACACAGACAGAGAGACGGGAAAGCUGAAAGGAGAGGCCACCGUUUCUUUUGACGACCCCCCCUCAGCUAAAGCUGCCAUCGACUGGUUUGAUGGUAAAGACUUCAACGGAAAUCCUCUCAAAGUUUCCUUCGCCACUCGCAGAGCCGACUUCGGAGGCCGAGGGGGAAUGAGGGGGGGUCGCGGACGAGGAGGGCCCAUGGGCCACGGAGGGUUCGGGGGGGGUCGAGGCGGAGGUUUCCCAGGAGGCAACGGCGGCAACGGCGGCGGGGGAGGAGGAGGCGGGGGAAGUGGAGGUGGUGGCGGGGGACAGCAGAGAGCUGGAGACUGGAAGUGCUCGAACCCUAACUGUGGCAACCUGAACUUCUCGUGGAGAAAUGAGUGCAACCAGUGCAAGGCUCCGAAACCAGAGGAUGCUGGGGGGGUGCCCCCGAUGGAACGAGGAGGUUACGGAGGAGAUCGCAGAGGAGGGUUUGACCGCGGCGGCUUCAGGGGCCGAGGUGGCGGCGACCGUGGGGGCUUCAGAGGGGGCCGAGGAGGCGAUCGGGGAGGAUACGGCCCUGGCAAAAUGGAAGCAAGGGGGGACCACAGACAGGAGCGACGGGGCCGUCCCUACUAAAUCAUCCUUCGAGGACAGACUCCUCCAGGAACAGUGUGUGUCCCUGUCCACACCUCUGACACACCUCUGUUCACAGUGACCCUCAGUGUGUAGAAAAAUGUGACUGUCCCUGUUUCUUGUGUUUGUUCUUGUUCGUGUCGCUCAGUGUUUUCACCCCCUCCCCCUCCUCCUCCUCCCCCUCCCCCU